AUGGCCAUGGUUUUGGUAGGACCAUUUGCUUAUGUACUUGAAAGGAGGAAACAAAGGCCUUCACUCUCAUUUUCUGUAGCUGCCAAAAUUUUUGUGCUUGCCUUGUUUGGAACCACCAUCUAUCUGAAUGUGUACUAUGCUGGUUUAGCAUACACUUCUCCAACAGUUGCAUGUGCCUUGAGUAAUGUUAUUCCCAGCUUGACAUUUCUAAUGGCAGUUCUACUUGGGUUGGAGAAGUUGAAGAUUAGAACUGCUAGAGGUCAAGCUAAGGUGGCUGGCACACUUUUCUGCAUUGGUGGUUCUCUUGUUUUCACUUUCUGGAAAGGAGGAUACCUAUUUAAAGGCUGUGGUCUCCAAAGUCUACACUGCUCGAUUAUCGCUAACCACGAUGAUAUGCUUUUUCGCGUCGUUGCAAUCUUCUUUUCUUGA